GCGCGUUUGGACUCCUGGACAUGAUCAAUGUUUGUGCGUGUUGUUUAGCAUUAUAGCCACGCUAAAAACUAUUGUUUUUGAUGGAUUCAGAUUAAAAAUACCCAGCAUUCAGUCAGUUUGCAGCAGCUACGGUGUAGCGGCACCCAGAAGUGAACAAAGCGACCCGGAAGCGCUGAACCAAUUGGAGGCAGGCAGAAAGAACAUCAACAUUUCAUAAAGCAAGACAAAAUCUGCAAUCGGGACAUCAGGAUGGCUGAGCCUCGAUUCAACAACCCCUACUUCUGGCCUCCGCCUCCUUCCAUGCCUGGCCAGCUGGAUAACCUGGUGCUCAUCAACAAGAUCAAGGAGCAGCUGAUGGCUGAGAAGAUUCGACCCCUGCACCUGCCGACCAAUUCAGCCCCCUCCCAGCAAACCCUGCUGGUAGCUUCCUCCCCCUUGGACGGGGGGCAGCACAGCAUGCUCAUGCCCAAGCCCCAGCAGGGCCAGCAUCACCCCCAGGGCUCAGUCCAGCAGCCCGACAUCGCCCUGCACGCCCGCACAGCCUCCAGCUCUGUACCAGAAGUGAUGGAUGACAAGUCAGCAGUUAAGGUUAAAGGACUGUGGGAUGAGUGGCACAUGCGACAGAUCGUUGAGCAGCCCUCUAGAGUCAACCAUCGGUCAGUCUUCAUGUGCCCAUACACAGGUCUGGCCCCUAUGUCCCGGCUGGACAGCCACAGCACUUCAGAGGCCCUCACCCCCACCUCCAGCAGCCAGAACCGACUGGGAGGGACCCCAUCGAUCAACAUCAUCUCUGGGCUGGCCAGCGGCCCUGGCAUGGAACAGAUAAAGAGCGGGGGCCUGGCCGGACUCCUCGGCCCACCACCCAAGACUCCCCGUGGGCGGAAGAAGAUCAAAGCGGAGAGUGGAGGGCCUCUGCUGGUGGUGCCCUACCCCAUCAUGGCCUCUGGCGCCGACCUGGGCUGUGUAACCUUCCCUGCCAAAGAGGGCAAAACCUACAGAUGCAAACUGUGUCCGCUCACCUUCAUGUCAAAGUCAGAGAUGCAGAUCCACUCCAAGUCCCACACGGAGGCCAAGCCCCACAAGUGUCCCCACUGCUCCAAGUCCUUUGCCAACGCAUCCUACCUGGCCCAGCACCUCCGCAUCCACCUGGGAAUCAAGCCCUACCACUGCUCCUACUGCGAGAACUCCUUCCGCCAACUCUCGCACCUGCAGCAGCACACCAGAAUCCAUACUGGUGACAGACCCUAUAAAUGCGCGGCCCCUGGAUGUGAAAAGGCCUUUACCCAGCUCUCUAACCUCCAGUCCCACCAGAGGCAGCACAACAAAGACAAGCCGUACAAAUGUCCCAACUGCUACCGUGCCUACUCAGAUUCAGCAUCGUUACAGAUCCACCUGUCAGCGCACGCCAUCAAAAAUGCUAAGGCGUACUGCUGCAACAUGUGUGGCCGGGCAUACACCUCAGAGACCUACCUUAUGAAGCACAUGUCCAAACACACAGUAGUGGAGCACCUAGUGAGCCAUCAGUCCCCCCAGAGGAAUGAAUCUCCCAGUAUCCCAAUACGCAUCUCUCUCAUCUGAGUUUAGCAUUACUGUAUGUUGUUGUAUUGUUUUCUAUGGAAGGCUGACGUUUAGGGGCCCUGCACAUAAGUCCAUCGACCCGAGGCCUACAUAUGCAUCACAUGACACCUGACAUUCAUUUACAAACCCUUGUUCCAUUUUUACACAGAUUGGGUCGGUUAAAAUAAAAACGAGCAUAGCAUCUUCUUUGCAAAGGGUUAUGUCAAUGGGAACAAAUGACGGAUCAUGUCUCGUGUUGGAUACAACUGAGCACUUACGAAGGCUUUAUGCAAACGGUCUUAUGCAUUGGCCCUUAACAUUUUGAUGUACAAAAAAAUGAUUCCAUUAAAUGUUUUUUUUUUAUAUAUAUAUAUUUUCCCCUAUACCUAAACUAAAUGGAUUCAUAUUUUCUGGGUGUGUUCUGGCGACAUCCAAAGAUAAUCUUAAAGCGCUCUCAGGCCUUGUGGUUUUGGAUCCAAAUGUCUUUCUAUCUUUUCCGAUGGAAAUGCAAAAAGAUUACUUGAGGCAGCUAAGAGUAUUGACUGUGUCUAAUCAAAAGUCUGAUGUUUUUUGGUUAUUUUUUUGUUCAAGCAAAGUUUACAGGGUCAGACUUCAAAAGCAGCAUUUUAGAGAAAAGCAAUUGGAACUAUGUAGACAAUUCGAUUGUAAGGUAGUUUCUCUUGGAGGAAUGGUGAAACAAAGUGCACCAAAAUGUUUAAAAAAAAGUAAUGAAUGUUUACUGUUUCGUCAAGAUUAGUUCAAUUGUUAUGGUUAAUGGAAUCAAGAUCGUAUGGGUUAUAUGAUCAGACACUAAUUAAAUCAACUAAACUGUUCAAAUCAACAGAACUUUUCAGACGUUUUCCUUGUGGCCAGGUAUUAUGCGAGUUGGUGGCUUUGCACCUACGUGAGGCUGGUGGCUUUGCACCUACGUGAGGCUGGUGGCUUUGCACCUACGUGAGGCUAGUGGCUUUGCACCUACGUGAGGCUAGUGGCUUUGCACCUACGUGAGGCUAGUGGCUUUGCACCUACGUGAGGCUAGUCAAGAUUCAUUGGGAAAGCAAGUUAACAUUAGCUAGUGCGUCCGCUUUAUGGCUUUACUUGGCACUGCCCUUAAUAGGCCUACACAAAGCUAUCAAGAUGAGCAUUACAAAUGUUAUGAACAGUCAUGUCAGCUUUUGUCAAGUAACUUCUGAUGGUCAUCAUAACAUAACACAAGCUGUUGUUAGCAAAGGUGAUAGAAAAGGAGAGUAAUGCUUUCUGUCAUGAUAGUUCUAACUCGCAACAGCUUAUGUUGACAAGUUGGUAAUGUGGUUAGGUCUAUGUUACUAGAGUAACUACAUUUCUAUUCUGAAUAUAUUUAGAGAAAUAUAUAGCUAACAUACAUUUAUUGGAGGGGAAAUAUUUAGUAUUUUUAUUGACUUCUACUUUGUUAUACUCUCACUGCUGUCCCAUUACACUUCACAAUCAUAUCACCUGUCAAGUUAAAGCUAUUUCCCACCCUGGUUACAGAGGCCUGUGCUGCUUUUGUUUUUUUAAAGGCAAUUACAUAGUUUAAACAUGACAAUGAUAUUUGAAAGUACACGGUUGGACCAAAUAGUUAGCCAAUAUUAACCCUAAUCCCACUACAUUCAGGAUUGUUUUAUCUUGAUUUGUGAAAGUCAUUCUCAACAGGUUUACAUUUUAACGUGCAGUCAGUAUGAGUUUGUUUAAACCAUAUAACUUCAUAUGAUGGUAGUGUUACUGCAAGUGUUUCUUUCAUCAUGGUAUGCACACAGUAUUGUUGUAUUUUUACUGUAAUUUUACCUUCUGGUUGCUCUGGAUGGUACUAGUAGCCUGUAUUCUUCAGGUUAGGACAAGGUGCUAAGGCUAGAUGUUUAUUUGAGAUGGAACUGAGAAUAUUGUUAAAUACAUUCAUAGUUUGUUUAAAAAAAAAUACAAUACAAGCCACUGGCCUGGAAAUAAACAUUUAUGCCAACAGACUCUGCCACUUCAAUUUACUCUCUUCCGAGAAAAAAAUUGGUCAAUGUACCGUUUCAUAACGGUUUUGUACAGGUAUGUUUAUGUAUGAACUUACUGUAAUGAUUUGUAUUUCUGAAUAUUGAUACUUUUUAUAAAUAUUCAUGUUUUAUAUCAGUUAUUUACGUAUAAGCCUUAACAAUUUUAUUAUUGAACUACCAUUUUAUUUCCAUAUUCAGUAUUGUGUUCUUCAGUAUUUGGUCUUGUAAACAUUUUUUUUUUUUUCCGGAUGGAAUAUCCAAACUGUAAUCUGUAUAUGAAUUAACUGUUAACCUAUAUUCUCUAUGAAAAGAUAGUGCAGAUUUAUUACACAUUUUCUUGUCUUGCUUUGUGAUUUCAUAUAAAGUUUCUAGACAACUUAAUAUGCACACACUUGACAGAAGUAAAACUAAGAAUAUCAAUGUUUAAAAAAAUAAAAUAUCUUUACCUUGUUUAAUAAACAGACUGUUAUAAACACA